ACAGAGAUGGAAGACGAGCGAAUUGAGAAAAUAAGGAAUAUUUACCAACGAACGAAAGACAUCGGGAGACAAAUUACUCAAGAAAGAGAGAAAAGUUACCAGCUUUCAGACUCCUCAGAGGACGAUUACCCAGAAGGAAUUGAAAAUAGGCGCCCUGAUAAGUCUAAUAAGCAUAUUAGGGAUUGGGACGAUCAUGAUAUGAAUAUGGAUAAAAUUGAUAGGUCAACUGACGAAGAAGGCCUCCAUUUUGAAGACCUUAAGCAAAGUUUGUUAGAGAAAGACACACAGUUGCUUAAAGUCAGGUCUAAAAAUGAGAACAUCCUUAAUCAAUACAAAGAAGCUCAUGAAGAACUGGAACAGUGUCAUGAGCAAAUUGCUAGGCAAGCCUCUAUCAUCCAUGAGCAAAACUAUAAGCUUGAAGAAGCUAGCAAACGAAUUCAUGAUGCUAGUCAUAGCCAUAGUCAACUGAUGCAGCGCUCAAAGAUCAAUGUCACCUCUUUCCAAAAUGAAUUAGAGCAAAAGGAAGAGGAAGUUGUAAGACUGCGAGACCAGCUCAAUAUUAGCGAAGAAAGAGCCAGAGCUGCAUGAGUAGAAAUUCAACAAGACAAAGAAAGAAUCGAAGAUCUUGCUAAAGAAAUCAAGUAUAAAGAAGAAGAGAUUUCCAGGAUGAAGCACAAAUGUGAACAACAUGAAGCAAAAAUCGAUGAACUCAUGGUCAACAAAAAAUCUGAUUCAACUCAUUUAAUAGAGAUGGACUAUCUUAAAGAAGACAAGAGAAGACUCUUAGCCAUGCUUAAGUCCACUAAAGAGUUUAAGGAAUUCGCAGAGUUUGCAGAUGACAGCGGAGGGAACCUCCGGUUCCUUCAAGCUGAAGAACCAGACAUUGCUCCUUCCAAGAAGAAGAGAGGGACUAGUGCAAAGCAGAUGUAUAGUCCGGGUUCAAGGAUCAGUCCUGAAAAUGAGAAAGAGAAUUGGAUCCCUGAGGAAGCAUACCAGUUGGCUCAUGAAGUUAGGUACCAAACCUCUGGAGAGAUCUCUCCUCAACUGAUGAAUAAGCUUCUUACCUCUCUUAACAAGAUCUGGAGAAUCAGAGAGAAGCAGAACGAAUUGAGAAUUAAGUCCAAGUACACAAGUGAAAUCGAGAAGCUUAAGAGAGAAAGGAACAUGAAAGGACAGUAUGACGGAGUCCAAGCAAAGAAGUCAUUGGCAAGAACAAGAGCUCAGCUGAAGAAGGCUGAGGAGAAACUCCGCCAGUAUACUGAGAAACUCAAGAAAACCAAAAACCUUCCAUCAGGCAUGGAUGUCAUCGAUGAAGCUCUCAUGAUCGUGGCUGCUUCUCAAGAGGAAAAGAGGAAGUUGAUGGAGGAAAAUGAUAACCUUCGUAACCAAGUUUAUGAGCUUGAAGAAGUCAAGAAAAACAAUGACUAUGAAAAGACCAAAUUCAUGGAAGGGGCUAACUGGAUGUGCACAAAGGUCAUCAAAGAGAAAGAAAAAUAUGAUGAGCGUGAUUUAGAGCUCUUUAAAGAAUUUGACCAUAGAGUUAUCGGCUGUGAGCAUGAUCCCUCACUUGCUAUUAGAACUGUAAAAUGGUUGAAAGAAGCCUUAGAAGUCUCUGGUCUAGAAUUUGAUGAAGUUCUAGGCUCCUUACAGGAUUCAGCCCAGUAUAAUAUGGAAGAAGCAAUGAGAAGGGUCCAGAAAGUCUUUUCUGAUUUUGAGCCAAAUAUAUUAUCGCUCAGCCAAGAUACCACUCCUGUACCACAAUCUUCAAUAUCGAAAUCUUUAGCUUAGAAUUCAAUAUUUCGUUCAAA